AUUCAAACCAUCGACCUCACCAUUUACGUUCUAGCCAGUCCUACGCUAAUAUUUCCAUUUGACUGCCGAUUGCGCUGAAACUCAUUGACCGCAGAAAUGGAUCAUCAGAAUCGAGCAGGCUCCAAAUUCGGCGGCGGAGGUGUCGCAUCUCAGUCCUCGACCAAUGCCGACCGUCGCGAGCGUCUCCGCAAACUCGCGCUCGAAAACAUCGAUCUAGAGAAAGACCCAUACAUCUUCAAGAACCAUGUGGGCAUGUUCGAGUGUCGACUCUGUCUGACAGUCCACCAAAACGACGGCUCCUACCUCGCCCACACGCAAGGACGCAAGCAUCAAACAAAUCUAGCUCGGAGAGCAGCGCGUGAGCUAAAGGAGGGGAAGGAUAAAGAGGGCGCGCUGCCGGGGAUGGCGCAGAUCCAAGUGCGGCGGAACCUUGUGAAGAUCGGGCGGCCGGGCUACAAGAUCACGAAGAUCCGCGAUCCGUUGACAAGGCAGAACGGGCUAUUGUUUCAAUUGCAGUUUCCAGAGAUCACACCAGGGAUCAAACCCCGAGUACGGUUUAUGAGCGCAUUCGAGCAGAAAGUCGACGACCCCGAUAAGUCGUAUCAGUAUUUGCUGGUGGCCGCGGAACCCUAUGAGACGUGUGCCUUCAAGCUUCAGGCGCGCGAAGUGGAUCGAAGAGAGGGCAAAUUUUUCGAGUGGUUUGAUGAGGAUAGCAAGGAAUUCUGGGUUCAGGUGUUGUUCAAGACGGAGCGCGAGGAGCGUUACAGCGGUGUUCCAGGUUUGGCACCUUCCAUGGGCAAACGAUGAAACCCUACCUAAUAGUCUCUCUACGACUAUUGGAUUUGGGAACUAUAAGAACACUCCCGAUCGGCUGGGGUCCAUUACGAUGUUAUGCAGAGGCUCCAUACUGCCUCUCGAUAUGAUAUCCACCUGGGUUGUCUCUCCACGCGGUAAACGGCGGGAGUCUGGUGAAUAAUGGGGGAAUCGAAUAGAUAUGAGGCUAGAUGGGCAUCGAGCUGCACGACGGCAAUCCGAAUGUCCUAUGAGAUAUAGCCCGUUGGCUUCGGGAUGACAAAGAAGGGGUGUAAUGACAGAUUGUAUGAGAGUCAAGGAGAGACUUUCUAGUCAAUACCAGGAUCCAGCUACCUUUCUCUCCACAAUGCAUUCUACAGCGGAAUUUGAUUAAUAUUUACUUUGCUUUGCUUGUUCAAGAAUUAGAUUAUCCCAUGCAAAAAUACUUUUGAC